GCUUAACGCAUUUCCAGGAACUCCCUCCUCCCCCACGGGGCCUUCACCUUUUGUUCCGUAACCUGGGCCAGUUCUCUCACAGGUCCCUGAUGUCCAGUGCCAGAUGCCUGGACCCAGAGUGUUGGGGAACUGUCGCUGGAGAAGCCCUCACUCCACAGGCUGUCCAGGCGCAAUGCCCCUCAGUCCUGGCGCGGCUACCGGCUCCUCCCACCCCCACAGGCUUCUGGCCCUCGCUGCGGGCCCCACCUUGCCCUCCCCGCCUCCCAGGUGGUGGCUGCUCCUCUGGGGAGUCCUCCAGGCUUGCCCCACCCGGGGCUCCGUCCUCUUGGCCCAGCAGCUACCCCAGCAGCUGACUUCUCCUGGGUACCCAGAGCCGUAUCACAAAGGCCAAGAGAGCACCGCGGACAUCCAGGCUCCAGAGGGCUUUGCUGUGAGGCUCGUCUUCCAAGACUUCGACCUGGAGCCGUCCCAGGACUGUGCAGGGGACUCUGUCACAAUCUCAGCCAGCGGGUUGGAUCCAAGCCAGUUCUGUGGUCAGCAGGGCUCACCUCUGGGGAGGCCCCCUGGUCAGAGGGAGUUUGUAUCCUCAGGGAGGAGUUUGCGGCUGACCUUCCGCACACAGCCUUCCUCGGAGAACAAGACUGCCCACCUCCACAAGGGCUUCCUGGCCCUCUACCAAGCUGUGGCUGUGAACUGUAGUCAGCCCGUCAGCCAGGCCAGCAGGAGUUCUGAAGCCAUCAACACACCUGGAGACAACCCCGCCAAGGUCCCGAACCACUGCCAGGAGCCCUACUAUCAGGCCACGGCAGCAGGGGCACUCGGCUGCACCACCCCGGGGACCUGGAAGAACACACAGGAUGGGGAGGAGGUUCUUCAGUGUACGCCUGUCUGUGGACGGCCAGUCACCCCCAUUGACCAGAAUCAGACAACCCUCGGUUCUUCCAAAGCUAAGCUGGGCAACUUCCCCUGGCAAGCAUUCACCAGUAUCCAUGGCCGUGGGGGCGGGGCCCUGCUGGGCGACAGAUGGAUCCUCACUGCUGCCCACACCAUCUACCCCAAGGACAGUGUUUCUCCCAGGAAGAACCAGAGUGUGAAUGUGUUCCUGGGCCACACAUCCAUAGAUGAGAUGCUGAAACUGGGGAACCACCCCGUCUACCGUGUCAUUGUGCACCCCGACUACCAUCAGAAUGAGUCCCACAACUUCAAUGGGGACAUCGCCCUCCUGGAGCUGCAGCACAGCAUCCCGCUGGGCCCCAACAUCCUCCCAGUCUGUCUUCCUGACAAUGAGACCCUCUACCACAGCGGAUUGUUGGGCUAUGUCAGUGGGUUCGGCAUGGAGAUGGGCUGGCUAACUACUGAGCUGAAAUAUUCAAGGCUGCCUGUAGCUCCCAGAGAGGCCUGCAAGGCCUGGCUCCAAAAGAGACAGAGGCCCGAGGUGUUUUCUAACAGUAUGUUCUGUGUUGGGGAUGAGAUGCAGAGGCACAGUGUCUGUCAGGGGGACAGUGGCAGCGUCUAUGUGGUAUGGGAUGAUCGUGCCCAUCACUGGGUGGCCACAGGCAUUGUGUCCUGGGGCAUAGGAUGUGGCAAGGGGUACGACUUCUACACCAAAGUGCUCAGCUACGUGGACUGGAUCAAGGGGGUGAUGAAUGGCAAGAACUGACCAUGGGGCACUUGAGCAGGGACUGGCCAGCACAGUGGAGGCCCCAGUCAAGAGAGGGCCAGGAGUGAGGACUGAAUUUUGGGGCAGGGGCAGGAUGUGGCGGGAGGCAGGGAAAUCCUAUUCGCAUCACUGAUGCAGCAAGCCACUAUGCAGGAGAAACCCACACCCUGCAAGGCUGCACCAUCCGGACAGGAAGCACAGUCCCACAGACCGCUGCUCCUCACCCUCUACCUCCCUGUCCACUUGCACUAUGCCCAGGGAAGCCCUGUGCAUCUCAGCAACUUUCACCUUCAAUGUCCUUGGAAUCCCCUUCCCCUGCUUCAUCUGUUGACACAGCCUUUAUACUCACCUCUGGAAGAGUUACCAUCUCGCCUGCUGAGUAUGGAGAAAGAGGUUUUCAUUGCAUUUUAUUUCUGAAACAUUCCUAAGACCCUUUAGUUGACCUUCAAAUAUUCAAGCUAUUGGCUUCACCACCUUCCACAGCUCCAAGAUGCAAUUACAGAAAUAGCUCCUUUUUAAAUUUUGUGUCCUCUAUAUGCCAGAUGCUUCACCUGUUAUUUCACUUGAUCCUCAUACCAUAUUGGCAAAGGAGGUGUUAUUAGCCAUGCUCGACAAAUGAGGAAACUGAGGCUCUGGGGAUAAAGGGACUUGCCCAGGUCCCACAGCUGGUGUGUGACUGCAGAGGCUGCUCUUCCCAGUGUGCCGCCAUACUCCUCAACUCUCCUCAGAUCUGCUGUGCCACCCACUUUCCCUCCCAGUCCCCACAUCCUUACCAUUGUCCCUCCCAGUCCCCACAUCCUUACCAUUGUCCCUCCCAGUCCCCACAUCCUUACCAUUGUCCCUCCCUGGGAAUUUCUUCUUCUGUAAAAAUGGCAUCCUCUGGCUCACACUUUCCUGCUAGCCCCAUCUCCUGCAGAAGCCAGGUGAGCCCAGCACUGGACUGAAGUUCCUGCGGACACCCCACCUGUGCCCCCAUCAUCAAGAGAACUAUUCCACCUGAGAGGACCAACUCUUUUAUUUUUAGUACAGACUGAUUGGAGGUGAUGGGCCGGGCGCGGUGGCUCACAUCUGUAAUCCCAGCACUUUGGGAGGCCAAAGCGGGCAAAUCACAAGGUCAUGAGAUCAAGACCAUCCUGGCCAACAUGGUGAAACCCUGUAUCUAUUAAAAAUACAAAAAUUAGCUGGGCAUGGUAGUGCACACCUGUAGUUUCAGCUACUCGGGAGGCUGAGGCAGGAGAAUUGCUUGAACCCAGGAGGCGGAGGUUGCAGUGAGCUACUCCAGCCUGGUGACAGAGCAAGACUCCAUCUAAAAAAAAAAAAAAAAAAGAUUGGAGGUGAUUUACAGUGAAAGACACAAAUAACAUACAACUGUUCAAUGGAAAUAGAAAAUAAAUACCAUAAAAGAGGGAAGAGAGAUAAUUUGUUAGCAUCAAGAGUCAAGUUGCUGUAUGGUCACAGGUUAAAUUUAUAUCUAAAAAAAAAUAGCAGGAUUCAAAGUUGUACCUACACGUGGUCACUUCUGUUUUUUACACCUACACACAGUACAAAAGAUUAUUAAAGAUAUUCCCAAAAGGUGGGUACAGUGAUGCACACCUAUAGUCCCAAGCACUCAGGAGGCUGAUACAGGAAGAUCGUUUGAGCCCAGGAGUUCAAGGCCAACCUAAGCAACAUAGUGAAACCCCAUCGCCAAAAAUGUAAUAAUAAUACUCUCAAAAUACUCAACAGAGGUAGUUUUAGUUGAUAAGAUUUUGGCUGUUUGGUUUUCCACUAUUCUCUAUUUGCUAAAUAUUGUUUAAUGAGCAUGAAACAUUCUUAUUCUAUUUUACUUUUUUUAUGAUUGAAAGAAUGAUGAGUUUCUCCCUGCCAAGGCAAAAAAAUAUAUAUAUACACCUAUA